GUCAGCAAGGAAGCCACUGCCAAUAAUUGUAGGCUUUUCAAGAUGAAUAUUUGGGUGAUCGGCAUUGUUUUCAAGGUUAUACCUUGCAUAUUGCUCAUGAUUCUCAGUUUUGGCUUGGUUGAUAAAAUUCGACAGGCGGAACGCCACCGCCGAAAGCUCACAAAUGUCAGUCUCAACAAUCCCAAUUCCAUUGAUGGCACAUCUCACCCAAAAAAGAAAUCAUAUAGAUCGGAUAGAACAACUACAGUAUUAGUGGUAAUCCUCAUAGUAUUUCUAAUCACAGAGUUGCCUCAAGGAGUAAUCUCAAUUCUAUGUGCCGUUUAUACUGCUGAUGUACACAAAUACUUGUACUUUAAUCUGGGCGAUAUUUUGGAUUUGCUUUCACUAAUGAAUUCAUCUGUCAAUUUUGUUCUUUACUGCAUAAUGUCGUCUCGCUAUCGGCAGACGUUCUGGAUGGUUGUUCUUCCUGCUAGUGCGCAAUCGUAA